AUGUCACCGCACAGCCAGAAUAUCGAUCCGGCAUGGCCGCCAGGGACAGUUCGCUUGGAGGAUCUCAGCGCAGGGGCAGAAGUCAUCCUAGAACCCAAGCCUAGCAAAGAUCCAAACGACCCCUUAAACUGGCCAAGAUGGAGGAAACACCUCAACUUCGGACUCGCCUCAUACUACGUUAUCAUGGUCAUGGCAUUGGUCAACGUCGCCACCGUUACCUGGGGCCCACUGAACAUCGAACUCGGCUUCAGCUACGCCCUCCUAAACGAUAGUUACGCAGCAGGCUGUGGCUCUCUGGCCAUAGGCGGAGUAAUUCUAAUACCCUUUGCUCUCAAAUUUGGCCGACGACCAGUCUACAUCCUCAGCACAGCAAUCCAGUGCGGAAUCAGCAUCUGGUCUGCAAAGAUGCAGAAUGUUGCAGACCUGAUGUUGGUCAAUAUUCUCAGCUGUAUCGUCGGUGCUCUGUCUGAAGUGAUGGUCCAAAUGACUGUGGCGGAUAUUUACUUCGUCCACGAGCGAGGCCUGAUGAAUACUAUCUAUUACUGGUUCAUGACUGUGGGGACAUCUCUUGCACCACUGGCGGGGGGCUUCAUUACUCUGUCGCAGGGCUGGCGGUGGGUAUGGUGGUGGAUGGCUAUUCUUUUCGGCGCGGGACUUCUUGCUUUCAUAUUCCUUUACGAGGAAACGAUGUUCGAUGUUGAGCUUAUUGACGGUGUACAAGUCGUUGAUAAAGCAUCAGCGAAAUUAUCUACCAAGGGAGAUCUGGAGGCAUCAGCCGAGAAAGAAGUCGAAGCUGCGAAAGCUGAGACGACAGCACACGAGCAUUUCCAGAUCGACUACUCAAUCUCUCAAAAGAGCUAUUGGAAAAGGCUGGCGCUGUGGUCCAACUCACCGAUUUCCAUUGGUCAACUAGCCAAACACAGCUACCGCCCAUUCCUCAUCAUGUUCUCCAUCCCGGCUGUCUUCUUCAUGGCGAUCGAGUACGGAGUCAUGACCGCCUGCACGACCGUUCCAGUCACGACCCUUUCCUCCGUUAUGACACUCCCGCCCUACAAUUUCGGAUCAGCUCAGAUCGGUCUCAUGGGGAUCCCGCCGUUCAUCGGAACCUGCCUGGCGACCAUCAUCUGUGGCCCUCUGAGCGAUUCCACUGCCCUAUACCUUACGAAGAAAAACCAAGGAAUCUUCGAGCCAGAGAUGCGUCUUUGGAUGUGCCUGGCAUUUACACCACUUGUUCCUGCCGGCCUCUUUAUGUUUGGCAUUGGGUUGAAUAAUGGAUCCCACUGGCUGUUGCCUGCGUUCGGUCUUGGGGUUAGCGCAUUCGGAGUUGUUCCCGCCAGUAGUGCUGCGCUCACAUAUCUGACCGAUGCAUAUAUAGAUAUUAUCGCCGACUCGGUGAUUGCACUUACUUUCAUCCGAAACGUCAUCUCAACGAGUUUUGUCUUUGCGCUUCAACCUUGGGUGGACCGCGUAGGCUUGAACUGGUUCUAUAUCACGUUCGGGCUUAUAACUAUGGUCAUCAUGAUGGGGAAUUUGGUUUUUAUCUAUUUUGGGAAGUCGUUCCGAGCCAAUAUGGCUGAUCGGUAUCGUCAUUUUGGUGCUCAAGUAUUGGUGGCUCUUUGA